CCUUUUUGCGGUCCCCUAAAACUGAACAAGCAACCAAGCGAAACUCUCCGAAACACAAUCAGAACUCUCCGAGACUCUCGAUCGAAGCUCCGGCCUUGAUCGGCGUUUUGAUUUUCUUGUGCGUGGGGGGUGUUCGAAGCGGGAGGGCAAGAUGAACAAAGCGAAGGUGCUGAAGCUGGCGAAAGGGUUCCGAGGGAGGGCGAAGAACUGCAUCCGGAUCGCCAGGGAGAGGGUCGAGAAGGCGUUGCAGUACUCCUACCGAGACCGCCGCAACAAGAAGCGCGACAUGCGCUCCCUCUGGAUUCAGCGCAUCAAUGCCGGCACUCGCAUCCACUCCGUCAACUAUGGAAACUUCAUGCAUGGCCUAAUGAAGGAGAACAUUCAACUGAACAGAAAGGUCCUGUCAGAGCUCUCAAUGCAUGAACCGCAUAGUUUUAAGGCCCUCGUGGACAUUUCUCGUAAUGCCUUCCCAGGAAACAAGAAUGUGGUUCAUGCACCUAGGAAAGUGGCCGUGCCACUUAGUGUCUAAUAGUUGACUCUUCCUCCCUGUUUUACUCUUAGUCUCAUGGAAACAAAGUGCUUGUUGUUCCUGAUGCGCCCUUUUUGGGCAGUGGCAAUGGGAAUGGGAGUUAUCAAUUUUAUUUUCACAUCUUCUUGUCCGCUCUCCUUCUCUCUCUUGCUUGUAUCUGAUAGAAAAAGAUUCUUCGGCAUACAUAUGAAACAUUGCCCUCUGUAUUAGUGCCGCAUCACUCUGUUGCAGAAUGUACCUGUAAGAUGUGCAUGCAAAGAUUGUACCCAUAUCGAUAAAUGUGAAACGAAGUAGGUGAUAUGACUGUUCUCUUUUUUGGGUUCUUUCUCUAGUGCGACAGUUAAAUGAGAGAAAGUAAGAGGUUUUGUCUA